UUCAAUUCAGUAAACUUUAUUAAGCUCCUGCUAUGUGCUAAGCACUGUGGAAAAGACAGCCCUUGUCCACAAGGAACUUACAAUUUAAUAGGAUAGACAAUAUGCAAGUAAGUAUAUACAAAGCAAGCUAUAUACAGGAUAAGUGGGAAAUAAUUAAUAGGGAAAGCAAUGAAAUUAAGAGAGAUUUAGGGAUGGUGAUAAUAUUAAUAAACCAGUCUGGGGGUUGUUUGACUUUCAGGAUGUUGGCCACAUAAAGAAAGGGCUGGAAGGGGAGCAAUUUUACCAAGAGGAAAUCCCUUGAGGAUCUUGUAUUUGCCUGAUUGCAUCUUUUUGGUGUAACCAUGAGGGUGAAUCAAAACACAAUGCUGCUGGGACAGAAGGUGAUCCUGGUACCCUACACCAGGGAGCAUGUACCCAGAUAUCAUGAGUGGAUGAAGUCAGAGGAGCUGCAGCGGCUGACAGCCUCAGAGCCUCUCACUCUGGAGCAGGAGUAUGCAAUGCAGCACAGCUGGCGAGAAGAUACUGAUAAAUGUACCUUCAUUGUACUGGAUGCAGAGAAAUGGCAGGCACAUCGAGAUUCAGCUGAAGAAAACUGCAUGGUGGGAGAUGUGAACCUGUUUCUUGCUGACUUACAGGAUCCAACUUUGGGGGAGAUUGAAGUCAUGAUUGCUGAGCCCAGCUAUCGAAGAAAGGGGUUUGGCACAGAGGCAGUUCUGAUGAUGAUGGCUUAUGGAGUGACCAUGUUAGGUCUCAACAAGUUUGAAGCUAAAAUUGGACAAGGCAAUGAGCCUAGUAUAUGCAUGUUUAAAAAGCUUCACUUUGAGCAGGUGGCUAUAAACAACAUCUUUGAAGAGGUGAUACUGAGGCUACUGGUGAGUGAGCCAGAGAGGCAGUGGCUUCUGGAACAGACCAGCCAUGUAGAAGAGAAGCAGUACAGAGACAGGAGCUGGACUCAGCAUUCUUCACUGUGCCAGACCGAAGUUUCAACUGUAGAGGCCCCAAAGGUAAAUUUGAGCCGAGUGACUGGUGGUGAGGGGUCUGUACGGGAGUACAAAUUUUUGUGCCUGGGAUAAGAAAGCUGGGAAGUGGGGGGGUGUGGUGUGGGGGGGAAAGAAGUAAGUCGGGUCUAGGGAACUGGGAGUUUAUUGCAAUCAUGUGGUUAUUUCCUGUUUUAGUAAUGAGGUGCUAAAUUUUUUCUCUUAACUGCUGAAGGAUUAAAAGUUUUGUCAGUGACUUUUGCACCCACAGGACAAUGCCCUUGCUUUCUCCACCAUGGUUACUCCACUGAGGUACAUACCCGUUCAUAUUGACUUGGAUUUAGCUUGGACACCAAAGAGCCUAUAAACCCGGUUUAGCCCAGCUAAGCGUAGUGCAGAGUUCUGUGAAUGAGGGCAGGUAUUUCAAGAACCAGAUCUACUGUUUACUUUUCUAAACCCAUACCUUCUAUGGUGAGGCAGAAAAAUGAUAAGGGUUAGGCAGAUGGGUCUAAGGGACAUGCCCAGGAUCCUUCAGCUAGGUGUCUGAGGGAAGAUUUGAACCCAGGACUAACCAUCUCCAGAUCUGAUUCAUCUACAUUUUCCCCCUUCCAUCUUAGGUUGAUAAGGCAUAGAUGAUUAGACCUGCAAAUAGCCCCUCUAACCUGAACUAUUCCCUUCCCUUCCUUUUCUAAAGAUGGCCUGGCAGGGCAAGGCUGGAUAUGGGACAGGGAAGGGAUAAGGGAAACCCACUGGAAUUUCUAUAGGACUUUUCAUUGCCAAUUAAGACUAUGAACUCCUAGAAAACAGGGACUCUUGGGGGUGGGGUAAGAGUGUUCUUCAUAUCCCAGGUCCUAGCAGUGUCUGGCGUGUGGCAGAUACUUAAUAAAGGAUUGUUGACUGAUGACCAGCUCUCAGCUGGGAAGCUGCCAGGUAAGUAGUUCUUCCUCUUACCCAGGAGCCCAAAUAAUUUUUUUUAAAACCUUAACUUCUGUGUAUUGGCUCCUAGGUGGAAGAGUGAUAAGGGUGGGCAA